AUGGGAUGGUUGUUUGUCAAUAUAGCUCAAUGGUGGGCAUUGUGUCAGUACAUGGUUUUCAGCCGGUAGAAACACUGGAUGUGUCUCGCCGCUUGCUUGACAUGCAUAUUAUCUGGAUAAAACAGGUUGUUACUGGGGUCAGCGACAGGGAAUAGACACCUAGAUUUGCUAUUCAAGUUCUGCAUCUAUGCUUCCCUCUGUUACACUCCAGUGAUGAAGCUUUUUGGAACAGCUCUCACCGCUGUCAUUCGUUGUUCAUCUCCGAGAAAAACGCUGUUGACGAAAAUGGCACAUGCUCCAGACAUGUUGUUUGGAAAGCUCUGAAGCUGAUUGAGUGCUCUGUUGAGGCUUGGAGGGAAGCCAUACCGAUCGACAAAUCCAUCUCCAAAGUAUUUUCCGCUAGAUGGCUACUGGUAGCCACAUGAUUUCUGUGCUCAAUGAACAAGUCGCCACCAUUCCAAGAAUCAGCCUACUUUGUGCACCAGCGCUACGAGGACACUGCCCACGUUGUCUUCCAACAGCUUCAGAAGAAGAAGAAGGACGUGGUACGAGGGAAACAGACACAACCUGACGAUGCCAGUGCUGGAGUUGAAGUGUCUCACUAUGGUAACGUGGGCGUGAUAGCACGCAAGGAAGCCACUGAACGAUUCGCUGCAUUAAGGCAGGCUGAGAAAGAGGAGAAGAAAGCAGAGAAGAGGUCAAAGAACAAAGACUCCACCCCAAAGAAAGGUGAUAAAGGCUCGAAAGGACCAGCUGUGACUGAAAAGUACACUCCGUUAUCGAGUCCAGGGCAGACACCUCGAGAUUUGCAAAGUGAUCACUCUCCGUACAGUCGCAGAGAGACCAGCCUCAGAUCCAACAAUAGUACACCAUUUCAGAGCCCCCAAAGUGCACAGCUGUCUUUUAGAACUGAACUUGAAUUUAAAGAGGUUCCACUGAGUCCUAAAGAAAGGCUAAACAGUCCUAAGGUAACGCCAAACAGUCCAGUAGUAACUUUGAAGAGUACUAGGGAGACUCUGAACAGUCCUAGAAGGACUUUGAGUAGCCCUAAAGAUUCAUUGAAUAGUUCUGGGCAGACAUUUAAAAUUCCUAAAGAGGCAGUGAAUAGUCCCAAGGAGCCUGUGAAUAACCCUAAGGAAGCGCAAAGCAAGCCUAGAGAAACACCGAAUCAUCCAGUAGAAACACUGAAUAGUACUAGAGUGACCUUAAAUAAGCCUAAAUCUUCACUGAAUAGCCCUAAUGAAUCAUUGAAUAGCCCUAAUGAAUCAUUGAAAAGUCCUAAUGAAUCAUCGAAUAGUCCUAAUGAAUCAUUGAAUAGCCCAAAUGAUUCACUGAAUAGUCCUAGAGGUUCACUGAAUAGUCCUAAAGAGCCCUUACAUAGUCCAAGAGAUGUUUUGAGUAGCUUCAGUUCUGUGGAAACUCAGGAGAACAGCAUUGGCAUAGAGGAGGAAUCUCUACCAUAUAGCCCCAAGGAAGUCAGCUUCAACUCAGAACAAGAAUUUGUACCGCUGAGUCCCAACGGGAGGGAUCUAAGUUCGGAAGAAGAGAAAUCGCAGGUCCUGGACGACAGUGACAGUGUUGUUGACUUUGGUCACUAUGGUAACACAGGAGUGGUAGCCACAAAACAGGCGGCUUCCCGAGUAACAUCGAUCAGGCGGAUAGAAGAGAAAGCUGUACAGAGUAAAGUCUGUAGGAUUAUGUAACAUCAGUCGGAUAGUAAUGCCAUUUGUGCCAACCUCGUAGUAGAAGUCUAUGAAGGAUUUGUACCUGGUUGUGGAAUCAUAGCUUGUGAAUAGUGUAGAUGCUGGUGAUAAUUUUGGAGAUUUUAGGAGUGCUUCCAGUGAAGGUGAUUUCACACUCGGAUUAAAUAGGUUUCUGCUUCACAUUCAUACCAAAUUGAAUCAACGAACUUCGUCUUGCAAGAGUCAGUUUAUUGACUCAAAAAUAAGUAAUCACCCUGAAAAUCAGCCUGCAUUUGUAGUGUUACAUACUGGUUUCAACAGAAUUAAUAAGUCUUGGAACUGGUGUUUGUGAUUCUGUGUUCUCAGUCCAAUAUGGAGCUUCAUCCUAUGUUAGACACUGAGACAGGUGCCAACCCCGGCUUGUGGUAUGUGCUGGCGACGUCCGGCGAGAGUCCCACCAUGAGGGUAGGACACACAUGUACAUACGUUAAAGGGAAGGAGGAUGCUGGGAAGGAGGAUGCUGGGAAGGUGCAUGUCAUUGGUGGCGCGAACCCGAGCGGGAUGUUCGGGGACACAUACGUUCUGGAUCUCAAUACGCUGCAGUGGGAUACCAUCGACUCCACGGGGCUCCGAGCCAGGUAUGAACACGUAGCGUUCUGUGCAGAUAGUCAACCUGGAAAAAUCUUUAUUUUCGGAGGUGCUGAUCAGAGUGGGAAUAUGAACGAGGUCCAGUGCCUGGAUACAGCCGACAACAUGUGGAGCACCGUGGCAGUGUCCGGGACGGCACCUGCACCCAGAACCUUUCACACAACGGCUGUUGUCAAGGACAAGCUUAUUGUGUACAGUGGCGGCCAUAGUGGGGCGGAUCCAGUCGGAGAUCGACAAGUCCACAGCUUCGAUGUUGCUACUUCCACAUGGUCUGUACUGAGCCUACGUGGUGAUUCACCCAAACCUCGUCAUGGACAUGUCAUGGUUGCUAUUGGCAACAGAGUUUUUGUGCAUGGUGGCAUGGCUGGGUCAUCUUUUCAUGAUGACCUUCAUGUCCUUGACCUUGACAAGAAUGCCUGGAGUAAUGUGAAACGUAAGAAGAUGUGUCCAUCUGCUAGAGCAGGUCACGGAGGUGUGGCAGACGGCACAGAUCUCUACAUCUUUGGAGGGAUGAACAGGGAUGGUGCUCUCGAUGAUACAUACAAGCUUGAUACAGUGUCAAUGACGUGGACAAAAGUGGAGCUUCAGGGCCCUCCGCCGCCAAGUCGUCUGGACUUCGGCAUGUGUGUCAUCAACCUCUUCCGAUCACAAAACCCCAACCAACAGCUGAGCACCGACAUCGCAGCAACGUCAAGACAGGCCCAGGAUGUUCUAGACACCGAACUGAAACCGGGAAGUGCCAGCUCCCGGGACUCCAGGCAAGACAAUGCUCCAGACCUAGCCAGCAUUGGAGCCGACCUUGAAUUAGCUGGAGCAGAGAGUCUAGACGCACUGGGAGCGAAGUCUAAGGGAGAUAACUCUGAAGACCUAGAACAGCAAGCACCUGCAGCUGACAAGAAGAAACUCACCCUGUGUCUGGUGAAUGGUGGGAUGGACACUGAAGGAGAGAUAUUUGACGACACUCUCGUCAUUCUGCUACAGGGGUCGUAGUGCUUGACUAGAUUCACUGUUACAAUGUGGUACUCUGUGCGUCUUGCAUGAGGCUAUAAGACCCUGGCUGUCAUGCACUGAUUGCAGCAAGCCCAUAUGACAGCAUUUCAUGUCUACAUCAAGACAUGGCCCACUUGUGACACAAGCGUAGCACACGUUUAUACCAAGGGAAGACACAGAAAGACAAAUGUAUCCUGCCUGGGAACCCAUGUUAUGUUUCAUCCGUAGAGCCAUACCUGUGUGCUUGAUCACACAUUGCUGAUAGCUCCCAGACAGCUUAGGCUAAAAAACAUAACAGUCUUGGUUCUCAGGCACCACCCGCGUCAUCAUAAAGUCUACCGUAUGUUUUGUUUUUAUAUCCAUUUUAAAAAAAAUCUAAAAAUCCUUAUACUUAAACACAAUGCACCAAAAAAAAUUGAAAAAUGGAAACAAAAACGAAACGUACGAUGAACUUUAUGAUGAUGUGGGCAGUGCCUGAGAACCAAGACUUAUGUUUUUUUUAGCCUUAUAAUUGUGAAACAUAGGGGGAUCCAGAGGAGGACCCCCCAUUUUGAAAACCAAAUGUAGUAUGUUGUUGACAACAACCCUCGGAGGGAGAGAGUAUUUUGAUAUUUUUGGGACCCCUCCUUUUACAGAAUGCUGGAUCUGCCCUUGUUUGAGACAAGCAGUUGCGAAUGUCCAAAAGGAUGGUGGCGUUGGGGUAUACAUUAGAAUGUGUUUCCUCCACGGAUCAUGUACCGUAUUCGACCAAUAAAGCUCCCAGGGCGCUUAAAAUAAAGACAGAAGGGGUGGGCGCUUAUUGGGACCAAUUCAGAGUCAAAUUGGCGUAAAUUCAUCAGUAAGCCUUAAGUCACAAAUAU